CACGAGAUAGAUAAAUGGUGCAGGAUGAGGCGAAGAAGAACGAGAGAAGCUUCUCCCAUCUCCAUGACAGGCCUCGACACGUGACCUGCACAGCUUCGGGCCGGACUUUGGGAAAAUCGCGCUUUUCUUCUACAGCUCUCAUUCCGGUAUCACGUCCGUUGCUUCAACAAACAGAUCGCCAUCGUGCUUUUGAGAACCAUGUCUGCCUUCAUGCCUCUCCGUCCUAUGCUGCGGACUUCCAUGUCUGCCCCUUUCUCUGCGCGCAGCUUCUCAUCGUCCUCCUCUCGGUCUUUGGCGCGCAUGAUCAUCUCCGGCCGUCUUGCUGGCGAGCCCAGUCUGCAUACCACUCAGUCAGGCUCUGAAAUUCUGAGAUACACCGUUUCGACAUUCAGCGGAACUAAGAAGAAUCCUCAUAUCAGCUAUUACCGUAUCGCAACCUUCCCGUCUAAUGAAAAGCAGCGGGAUUAUAUCUUGGGAUUACCCAAGGGUUCUCUCGUCUAUGUUGAAACUGACGCCUCCCUUCGCAAUUUCGAAGAUGUUUCCGAUGGUAAACUGCAGCAGCGACUGAACCUUAUCCAAAGACACCUGCAAGUUAUUGCUCGCGCUCGUCCGCAUGAGGAGCCAGAAGAUCAAGAAGAACCACAGAACUACGGCUCGGAGGAGCAUUAAUAAAUACCCAUGAACUAGAAAAAAGAGGGUUUCACUUGUUCUGGGGAAACUCCUUUCUCUCUUCUUUGUAUUAUUAUACUUGUCUAAGCCUUGUGUCCGUCGUUCUUCGAAUAUUAUUAAAUGAAUGGGUCUUGUUCGGCAUUGGGCUGGGAAUUGAUGUCUGUUCUCUUUGUCCAGUUUCUUUCAAUCUUAUGUUAAAUAACAUAUAUCUUGGAAUGUCUAGAUGCGUUGAAGGCUUUCCCUCUCCAUUUUGGUGCUCAUCCGCCAUGAGCAGGGUGAGCAGGGGAUGAGUGCUGAAUAAUAUGUAGCCUCAAUAAAAUGUGCCCAGUUCUAGGGCUUUUG